UAGGAUUUUCCAAACUAAAAAUGGUUUUCGGAUUCAUUUCGUCUACAGUAACCCCGCCGGCUUUAAUAUUUAUGGGGGAACACCAGGUGGAAAAUGAGAAGUUAUUCAAGUGUGGUGAUCCGGGAGAUGUGUGGUUCCACGUGGAUAAAGUAUCAUCUGCACAUGUGUAUCUCCAAUUGCCAAGUGGCAUUACGAUUGACACGAUUCCCGAGGAACUGCUUGAAGAAUGUUGCCAGUUGGUGAAGAAAAACUCAAUUCAGGGUGUGAAAAUGGAAAAAGUUGAAGUUAAUUAUACUUUGAAAGAGAAUUUAAAGAAAGUUAAAGGAAUGCAGACAGGAGAGAUUGGUUUCUACGACAAGAACAUCAUCAAAUCUCGCAGUGUCCUCAAGAAAAACACGAAAAAAGUACUUCAACAACUUGAAGGAACUCAAUGGAAAACCUGAAAUACCUAAUUUUUAUCCCGAAUUCUCCCCGAAGAAACAGACUUCUCUGCAUAUUUGGCCUUGUCAUAAGGCACAAGGAUGCGCGUCCAUCUGUGGAUAAGGAUCUUUAGAUCAUUCGGGUCAAAAUUGGCGGCAUUGGAAUAAGUAUUGAAAAAUCAUUUAAAAUUAUGAGAAAUAAAAAGUUGUUGGAGUUUUU